AUGCAUUCCUUCUCUUGCAUACACAAUCAUGUUGCGUUUGUCGUGUCUCGGGCAGUUAUCGAAAGACAUUCACACUUGUUCGAUUGCAGCAUCUCCAAUCGCUCACGCACACAUCGAGCAAUGCUGUUUUCUCUCAUCAGGAAGAUCAGCAGCUCACAGCAUACCAAAGACGACAUGACAGAACAGGCAAAGGACGAUGGUGUCGACGACAAGCACGAGAUCAAGCAGCAGGAGGAUAUAGAUGGCACCAGCUAUGAUCCUGAUGCAGACCCGAGAGAUCCUGGCAGCUAUUAUACUUUCCCGCACUUUGUCGAAGACAAGCAAGAGACGGAGACAACUCAGCAAAGCCCGGGUACUCCUACGCAGGACCAGGAGGCUACUCAUCAAGACCCGGGUACCUCUGCUCGAAACUCCAACUGCUCCUCUCCAACCUCAGCCUCAACCCGUCAAACCGCACAAUGCACCCCGAUCCCCAAAUCCACCAGUCCCUCAAGCCCAGGAGCUUCCGACCCAGCCUCUCCCCCUUUUUGGCCCAUUUCACCCGUAGCAAAACGCGUCCGCUCCAAGCCCUCUACACCAAACCCUUCCUUGCCUUCACCACUCCAGAGACGCUCCACAACAACUCCCCAGCCCACCUCACCACAGCUCUCUCGCGUGCAACCAAGUCGCAGAGCCAUCGCCAUGACAAAUACUCAGUACAAAUCCCCGUCAUCAGCAACAAAGUAUCAUUCUUCGCCAGCAGCACGUUCGUUGAGGAGUAUCUCGGCAGCUCAAUCGCCGACGAGAAGGUCACAACAGCAACAGCAGCAGAAACGACUGUCUGCUCAAUCUCAAGGGUCACCGAAGAGGGAUAGUGGCAAGACGGGUUGA